ACUUAGUUGUCAGUUUUUUUUAAUUUAAGCUUAGAGUUAUUGUUCUCGUCUAUAGUUUCUAAAAUUCUCAUGACAUACAAAAAAUUCGCAUAUAUAAAAUUAUUAAGUCGAAGUUUUGUUCUUUCCAGCUCAAAAACGUUUCAACGUACCCAACAAACCAUCAAUGUGCGUGCAACAAAAGACCCGUCGUUAAAAUGAGGAGGUAGAGAUAGAGGUAACGAUGAAUGGAGUGUCUCCCGCCGGAGGGCUGGUGCAACAGCAGCAGCAGCCCAAUGUAACGACGCAUUUAAAACGCCAGAAAUUGACCAGCUAUAGGGAUAGUGUACCAUCGGUUCAUGGCAGGCCUAACAGUUCGCUCAACAUCAAAACGAGAUUGAGCAACCAUCAGAGAAAUUUGAGCCUCGACUUUAGGUCUAUGGGAAUUCUUUUACCUCCUGUCACUCAAGUCACCACUUCGACGACCAACCACCUAACUCACCACCACCGCAACCGGAGUCUAGAUUCCGCGCUCCAACGUAUCCCAGAGGUAGACGUCACACCAAGUCCAGAAUGCGAAACUGUCAACGCCAUUUUAUGUUCCACCGUCUCCAACACAAACGAACCUCAUCCCAAAUCGUCUUCCAAGCAACGAAACGAUGAACUCGCCAGCCUCGGUUCCGACGAUUCUGGUAUCCUGUGCGGUUCGGAUGCCGGCUCGUCGUCCGAAUCUAACGCCACUCGAGAAUCUAGUGUCGAAUACAUCGAUAAUAUCGCGGCCGAACGCAAGACCGAAUCAAAAGAAGUAGAUUGCUCGGAAGAUAACGACGAUGACUCAGAACGGACUAAAACCAGCUCGAGUUCGUGUUCGAGCUCCGAUGCACCGAAGAGUUCCGGUAUGUUGCGAUUGCUCGAGAGCAAAGUGUUCGACGUUUCGAUGGCUAUGCAUUACCUCUUCAAUAGCAAAGAACCGGGAGUGUUGUGUUAUAUUGUUAACAAGAUGUUUAGUUUUGAUAAUCAUGAGGUGGACUUUUAUUUACCUCAGUUGGUGUGUAUGUACAUACAGAUGCACGACGUAGCCGAAGUUAUACAUAGGUAUCUCAUUCAUAGAUGUAGAAAAUCCAUAGAUUUUUCGCUGAAGUGUGCCUGGUUAUUGGAUGCCUUUAGUUCAGAUGCAUCCGUACCAACUAAAAAGAAGCCUCACGGCAUCAAACUGCGUAACCUCAUCCUUUCUGAUGAACUCAGGCCGAAAGACCACAAGAUAAUGACGACGUCUCUAAACAGCGCGUCCGGUGAUAAACUGACCGUCCCACAGCACAUCAAAAAACACCACCAGAGGUCGCAUAGUGACGCUUCCGCUCUAUUUCCAGGUCUGAAGAAGAGCGCUCCCAACGUUACGAAACUCAGUCUGGGCGAUUUGAGUUCGGGUAGAGCCUUCGACAACGGCUGUGUAUGUUUUGACAGUUGUCAGAGCGUAGUCAACGAUCUUAGGGGAGAAAAGACUGAAUGCAUUUGUUCGGCGCCUAGACUAAGGCCUGAAUUGGAAUUCAUGCAAGCACUGAUCCUCAUCGGCAAACUACUUAGUUCCAUACCGACUAAAGAAGCUAAAACCACAAGACUUGUAGCUGAGUUGACUACUCUCAAUCUCAAUCUACCGGCCAGAGUAUGGUUGCCGUUGAAUAGUCAAAAUCCCCAUUUUAUCGUUAGGAUACCUCCUCAAGUGGCAGCUGUACUCAACUCGAAAGAUAAGGCACCCUACAUUAUCUACGUCGAGGUAGUUGAAGUUGAAGACUUGGAAAGCUCUCCUGUGCCACCAAAGAUCAUGCCAACCUUGAGACAUACCAAAUCUGAAGAAAAUCUUAAGCACGAAACCGUUUCUCUUUCCGCGUUCAGCAUGUGCGGAGGUUGCUACGAUGACUUAGAUCCUGAUUGGAGUCAAGAAGACGAUGAAAUCUCACAACAGUACAACCAUAUGAGAAAGCCAGUAGACAGGGAUACAAUUUCGCAAAUGAGUCAAGAGUCUAGCGAUUCCAGAGAACCACCAAUGUCGAUACCAGCCAGUGAGAUAAGAAGGCGACUGUCCGAUUUUUUUCAUGAAGAGAAAAAUAAACAGUUCACUCACGACCCAGAAGAUCCUUCUGCGGCUGUUCUGAAAGAACCUUGGCAGGAUAAAGAGCAAAGAAUUCGCGAAAGUUCACCAUAUGGUUAUCUAUCAUCCUGGAAGCUGCUCUCCGUUAUUGUCAAAUGCGGAGAUGACCUACGACAAGAGUUAAUGGCUUCACAGAUAUUGGAAACUUUCCAAAAAAUUUGGGAACUCGAACAUGUUCCGCUCUGGUUGCAUCCUUACAGAAUAUUGUGUUUGUCGGACGACAGCGGCUUGAUUGAACCCAUAUUGAACACAGUAUCUCUUCAUCAAGUGAAGAAACAUUGUCAGUUAUCGCUACUCCAAUAUUUUAUUAAUGAAUAUGGACCGAUGACUUCCGAAGGUUUUCUUACAGCCCAGAAGAAUUUCGUUCAAAGUUGUGCCGCUUAUUGCCUUAUCUGUUACCUGAUUCAGGUUAAAGAUAGGCAUAACGGAAAUAUUCUCCUAAAAAGCGAUGGUCACCUGAUCCAUAUCGAUUUUGGUUUUAUCUUAUCAACGUCACCGAAGAAUCUUGGUUUCGAAAAAUCGCCUUUCAAACUAACUCCGGAAUUUGUAGAAAUAAUGGGAGGUGAAAAUUCAGAUAUGUUUGAAUAUUUCAAAAUUUUGAUAUUGCAAGGAUUGAUUGCUGCCAGGAAACACCAUGCAAUGAUAGUUACCUUGGUGGAGAUUAUGCGAUCAGGAUCCCAGUUACCAUGCUUUAAAUCGGGGGCUUCAACGGUGCAAAAUCUCAAGAACCGCUUCCACAUGAGCAUGACCGAGGAACAACUCCGACUCGAAGUAAAUCGUAUGGUAGAGGGCAGCAUCCAUUCCCUCUCUACAAAAUUAUACGACGGCUUCCAAUAUUUCACCAACGGCAUCCUAUAACUGUGUCACUAUUCCUCAACUCUAGGUGGUAAUUUGUUACUAGAUAUAUGAUUGUACAGAGUGUCGUAUUGUUUUUAUAGUUCGGUCUGCACGAGUAAGAAUAGAUUUAAAAUGGAACCGAGAGGCUUUACUUUAUUGUACAUAUAAAGAUUUUUUCAAAACUCUUGUAAGAAAUUAUUAGAAAACUUGAGCGGAAGUUUAAUAUUGUUAUUAAAUUGACGAUAUUUUCAACACGUACUAUUAUGUCACCAAAAAAUUGUUUUUUUUAACGUAAUGUUUUUUGUGUAUGUUGUGAUCAACAGGCUAAAUACUAUAUUGGUUUGACUUCAUGUUGAGAAUAGGAAAAGAGAAAAUAAGUUCAAAAUUGAAGAUUGAAUCUUUUCACUGCAAGCGCUUCUAGUUGCUUCUAUUGGACUUAUUUUUAUUUAAGUCUGAUUAGUUCAAAAUU